AUGACUUCAGUUGAAGAUGAUGAGAAAAGGUUAGCUGAAGAACUUGCUAAUCUAUCAACUAGAUUAAUGACUGAAGUAAAUAAACAAGUUGAACAAGAAGAGACUAUUUUGAAUUUACGUAAAACUAUCAAUAGUCUAAAAGAAGCAAAUAAAGUAUUGAUAUCAAGUGAUGAAAACUACAAGCUAAUAUUACCAAAAUAUCUUAAAUUACAAGAUGAAUUCAAGCAAACAAAUAUCAAAAAAGAAGUUGCAGAGUCAGAAAAUAAAAAAUUAUCAGCAGAAGUUGAAGAUUUAACAGCAUCAUUAUUUGAUGAAGCAAAUACUAUGGUUUCUAAUGCUUCAAGGGAAACUCAUAAUUUCAAAGUUAAAAAUAAAAAAUUGUAUGAAGAAAUUGAUGAAAAAAAUAUCAUAAUAAGUAAUUUACAAGAUCAAUUACAAGAUUUGAAACAAAUGUUUAUUAAAAUUGAAGAUCAAGAAAGAUUAAAAUUAUACACAAGCAAUCUCAAUACACCGGUUCUAGAACAAGAAAAUCAGUUUGAACAAAUAAAUUUGGAGGAGGACGAGACAACAAAAGAUCAAAAGAAUGAAACUAUUGCAAAUAAUGAACCACCAUCAACAACAACUUCAAAUAGUAACAAUAUAGUAGCAGACUAUGAAGAUUUACAAAUAAAAGAAUUAACAAAUAACCUAAUCACAUCACACAUUUCAUCAAUAAGAUUUGAUUUAAACAACUAUAAUAAGGACUUUAAAGGUUUCGUAUAUACAUUAAUAAAACCAGAUUUUAUAUUAGAUCAAACUCACCUAAAAACUUUAAAUUUUUAUAAGCAAAUAUGGACUAAUGAAAUUGAAAAUUUAAUCGAAUUCAUACCAAAUUUACCACAAACUUCAAUAUUAAAUAGAUGGCAAAAAACAAAAGUAUUUUGGACUUCUUUAAUUGAUGGUCGAGUUUCCAUUGAACCAAUUAAAGGUUUCCAUGACAAUUUUAAAAAUUCAACAACCACCAUAAAUCCAGAAUUAAUUAAAAUUGCAAUAAAAGAACCGUGUGGCUUUUGUGGAGAAAUAAGGUCAAAUAAUUUUGAACAUUGUAGAUUAUACAACUACAAGAUUUAUGAAAUUGAUGACUCCUUGAUAGCACUGUUUCCAUUAUGUAAUUAUUGUUUAACAAAAUUAAGGAAUUUAUGUGAUUUGUAUGCUAAGAUUAGAAUUUUAAAAUCAAACAUUUAUAAAUUAAAACAAAACAAUCAAUUUGAUGAAUAUGCAUAUGUACCAACUGCUGCUUCUAAUUUUUAUAAAAGAGCAAAUUCAAAUACAUCAACUAAAGCUCCCACAACCACCACCACUAACAAUAGCAAUAGUGUUCCACCUCUGCCUGGUAAACUAGAAAGACAAUCAUCAUCAACAUCAACUACUCCUCAACCAGAAUCUACACAAUCAUCAUCGGUCAAUUCAUCAACUUCAACAAUUAUAAAUUCAGAUUUAAUGAAUUCUCAUAUUCAUGAGAUCGAUUUAGAUGAAGUUGAAGAGAAAAAAAUCAAAAAAGUAUACAUACAAUUUUUAAUUAUCAGAUUAAAAAUAUUUUAUAGUAAACUUGGUAUAGUAAAUGGUUUAAGUAGUUAG